AUGAAGUUAUCUACGGUCUUGGGCUUCAUCGUCUUUGGAGUUGUCUGUGCUAGGGGCUCUUCCGAUAGACGGCCGCUAUCGUAUGCCCCGAAGCCAGACGGCACGUAUGUGCCCGCGAAAGCUGACGGAGUUACCACACUCUUGGAUUUCGUCAAGUCUAGAAGCGACUUGACUGAAUUGGCCAAAGUCCUGAAUGGAUCAGCAGGUUUUCUUGAAGCAUUCGACACAACCCCCACAUGGGACUUCACCUUCUUCGCCCCUUCCAACGAGGCCUUUGCAAAGCACACGGGCCAGUACUUCAACACUUUCACACCGACACCCAAGGGCAAGUGGUGGCUAGGCAAUCUCAUACAGCACCACUACAUCCCCAACACGCAGCUCAACAUCAGCGUCUUCAACGAGACAGCGUCGCGGAUACAGGCCGGGUCGUAUCUGUACAUCGGGACGCAGAUCAAAGACAGCACGCUGUGGCUUAACGACGUAGCAACAGUCACAGAGGGGGACUUGAGGGUAACCAAGGGUACUGUCCACAUCACCGACCGAGUCCUAGACCCUUCGGCGCAGCUUUUCGAAGCCGACCGGCCGAAGGCGGGCCAGAAGUUCAUCCCUGGGAGCUGCUCUGACACUUCACUGCCAUACUGCUAG